CAACAGUUCACCUACAAGAGUGCUUUUGCAACUUGCUUGGUUCAAUAUUCUGUCAUAAUAGCAUAGCCUGCGUUUUGUAAAGUUAACUGUCACACUAAAGUUUAAGUCUAAGUUGAAAGGGGGAAAUGAAAGACCACCACGGACUGCCAGAAACUCAGGAGACAUAUCUAUCUUCAAGACCUCCUGUCCGGGUGGGCGGGGCCGAGGGGGUCCCGUUCCGUUCGUCCCGCCCGCGUUACCAUAACAACAGGUUGAUCAGCGGCAAUCUGAGCCGUGAUGGGAGGAGCGGCGGUCCAGGUGCUGCAGCCGAGCGUGCGCGCAGACAGAAGCUCAUCAGCGGAGAAGAAGAAGAAACAGAGGAAAGACUACCAUCUGUGGGGCAUCGCGAUCACAGCCGGGUUAUUGUUUUGAUUUAUCUCGAUAUCUCCUCACUAAGAGUCUACCCAUCUCAUGGGCUUGGAAAAAACGUUACUCCGCUUCAUCUGAGAGGGAGAGAGAGAAAGAGAGAGAAUAACGCGAAGAAUGUUCAAGAAGAGUAAGAGUAAAGUUCUAGUGGAUGAAGCGUCGGAGGAGGACGAGGUGUCGUGGCAUAAUGAGCACGCGGGGAAGGAUAAAGACUCGGAGGGAACAGAGGAAGUUCUGAGCCCCACGACAAAGGAUUCAAAGUUAAAGAAGGUGAAAUCGAAGCGAGAAAAGGGAGACAAAAAGUUGUUUCCGUCUCAGGACGAUGAACACAUCUUGCUGACAGGAGUCACUGUUUCUCACAGAAGAGGAUCUGCUAAGAAAAACUGGGAGGACGAUAAGAUCAAGACUCACCCAGAGAAAGACAAAGCGCACUGCCUGUGGGACAGCAUCAGCACCACCAUGAAGCAGAUCACACCCACCAGGAAGAUGGACAGGAUGGAGGGCUGGGAGCCGCCACAGCUAACGGACGGGCAGAUGGAGGAGGACAAAACUGAGCUGGAGAAGAAGAGGAGCGACUCGUCUCCGCUGUCCUCACCCCUGUCACUCUCUCUGCCUCAUUCUCUGGGUCUGCCAUCCUGGGUGGGUUUGGGUUUGGAAGAGGACUCGUCCCGCUACGCCAGCCUGACCGAGUCUCAGACGGGUGGCCCUGCGCAGUGGGCGGCGAGGGCACGAGAUAAAUUUGCCGCUGUCCGCCGUAGAAGUCCAGCCAACCUAUCAGAGAGCACAUGGGAGGGGCUUAAGUGAUUUACAUAUUCAGGAUGACCACGCCUCCUUUGCAUACCAAUAAUUGGACCGAUGAGUAGGACCCUCAGACCAAGAGUGCCUGCUUUUAAUGCCUGUCAAUGAAUCAUGUUCACUUUUCCUUUUGAUGCAAGUGACUUUUCAGCUUUUGAAUGAAGCUUUUUUUUUUUGGAGAAUUCCCUGGAUUUUAGUGAUUGACUGAUCACAUAACGUUUCAGAGAUCAUUUUUAAAGUAGGGCUGGGCCAAUAUACAAUUUUAUAUCGAAUCACAUUAAAAUUGAUGUCAAUAA